ACCUACCUUUUUCAAUUCAAAAUCCAUCUUGACCUUCCUUCUCAACAAGUCUUCAACUACUUCUACCAUUUUCGCUGCACAGUUCAACUUCAACUAUCUAAACACCAAAAAACGAUGAACGAAGAUUUUGAUAUUCCCCAAGCCGAAGAGUUCAACAACGAUUUUGAUCUCCCUGAAGACAAGGUAGGCGAGGAGAGAGAAAUCGGCGAUCGAGGUCUCAAGAAGAAGCUUCUCAAAGAAGGUGAAGGAUGGGACACUCCUGAAAUCGGAGACGAAGUUCAAGUUCACUAUACUGGGACUUUGCUUGAUGGAACUAAGUUUGAUUCGAGUCGCGAUAGAGAUUCUCCUUUUAGCUUCACGCUUGGACAAGGGCAAGUAAUUCAAGGAUGGGAUAAAGGUAUUAAAACCAUGAAGAAAGGUGAAAAUGCACUUUUCACCAUCCCUCCCGAGCUAGCUUAUGGUGAAUCUGGUUCGCCUCCAACAAUUCCUCCUAAUGCGACACUCCAAUUUGAUGUUGAGCUGUUGUCUUGGACUAGUGUGAAGGACAUUUGUAAGGAUGGCGGUAUAUUUAAAAGGAUACUUAGUGAGGGGGAUAAAUGGGAGAACCCUAAGGAUCUCGAUGAAGUAUUGGUUAAAUACGAGGUUUGUCUGGAGGACGGAAAGGUUGUAGCAAAGUCUGAUGGAGUGGAGUUCACUGUCAGUGAAGGUCAUUAUUGUCCUGCAUUGUCAAAGACUGUUAAAACCAUGAAGAAGGGAGAGAAAGUGAAUUUGUUAGUAAAGCCUCAGUAUGGGUUUGGUGAGAAGGGGAAGCCAGCGGAUAGCGACGAAGGUGCAGUUCCACCAAAUGCAACACUGCAAAUUACUCUUGAGUUGGUUUCUUGGAAGACUGUUUCAGAUGUGACUAGUGACAAGAAGGUCAUAAAGAAGAUCCUCAAGGAAGGGGAAGGAUAUGAGCAUCCAAAUGAAGGGGCCAUUGUAAAAUUGAAACUAGUUGGUAAGCUGCAAGAUAGUACUGUCUUUUUCGAGAAGGGCCGCGAUGAAGAAGAGAAGCUGUUUGAAUUCAAAACAGAUGAGGAGCAAGUCAUUGAUGGACUUGAUAAAGCUGUAAUGACUAUGAAGAAGGGUGAGGUAGCAUUAUUGACUAUUGCUCCAGAAUAUGCAUUUGGUUCAUCAGAGUCUCAGCAGGAGUUGGCUGUUAUUCCUCCUAAUUCAACUGUCUAUUAUGAAGUUGAGCUAGUGUCAUUUGACAAGGAGAAGGAAUCUUGGGAUAUGAACACUCAAGAGAAAAUUGAAGCUGCUGGUAAGAAGAAAGAAGAAGGGAAUGUUUUGUUUAAAGCCGGUAAAUAUGCAAGAGCUUCCAAAAGAUAUGAGAAGGCUGUAAAGUACAUUGAGUAUGAUUCCUCCUUCAGCGAGGAGGAGAAAAAGGUAUCAAAGACCUUGAAGCUUGCGUCCUAUCUAAACAAUGCUGCUUGCAAUUUGAAGUUGAAAGAGUACAAAGAUGCAGAGAAAUUGUGUACUAAGGUGUUGGACAUUGAGAGCACUAAUGUGAAAGCCCUCUAUAGAAGGGCUCAGGCAAGUAUGCAGUUGGGUGACUUGGAUUUGGCUGAAAUUGACAUUAAAAAAGCUCUUGAGGUUGACCCGGACAACAGGGAAGUAAAGCUGGAAUAUAGGACUUUGAAGGAAAUGGUAAAGGAGUACAAUAAAAAGCAGGCGAAAUUUUAUGGAAAUAUGUUCAAGUUGACAAAGGAUUGAGAUCCUGAUAGAAAUUUAAAAACCAGCUAUAGAUGCGCCACUGAACUCAUGGGUACUGGCAAGAGAAUCCGAUCAAGUUGAGUAUCUGAUUUCUAUGGGUUUGGUCCUCAUUGUAUCGUUUAUGGAUUAUGGAAACAAAUGGUGUUGGACAUUCAUUUCGUAUUUACUAUUGAAUAUCGAAUAACAUAAUUGACUUGAUUGAAUCUUUCCCCCAUUAACUGUAGUUUUUUGUGUAAGAACUACUAUCAGAGAUGAAUAGAAAUAGGCUUAGCUAAGAUUGCUUGAACUCUUAAUAUUAAAUGUUUGUAUUAGAUGUGAAAAAAUUCACUUAAAUUGAAGUAUGGACAAGUAAACGUUUUAUUUUAUAUUUGGUUGUGAUAUUUUGUUUUUC